CACUUGUCAUGCCCCAUCUGAGUACAGAGAGGAGAGGAGGGAGGUCUGGUCUGCCCUGUCUUCUAAAUUUAACUCCAACUAGAGACUGCUGAGGCUGUGUGAAGCCUCUCUCUCUGUGUGUGCACGUAUGUAGUUGCCCUGAAAUCCACUACUACAUCGGACCAGACUUCUGAGAACAGGUAAAAGCAGAGGCACACCGCUGCCUCCGGCCCUACCAGCCAUGGAGGGACUCUACUUUGAAGUGAAGCCCAGAAGACAUGAUCCCUCUAGGCCAGGGAGCUCUGAGAAACCUCCUCCUAACGUAGCUUCAAACCACCGCUCAUAUCCAUCACUGUCACAUCUCACUGCUUCCACACCUCAGAAGCUCUACUCUGCUAGGAAGAGGAUUGCAACAUGGGGGGAAAAGGUAGAGGAAGAAAGCGAGGAGGAGGAGGUACGAUACAAACUGACACUGAUCGGUUCUCUGCCGGUCCACCACCUGACCACCAUGGCCAUGCUGCCCUGGGUGGUGGCUGAGAUCAGCAAGUCUCGGCCUGCAGAGAAGAGUCCUGGUGCUGGGUUGCGGUCUCCAGGACAGCUGGACCCUUCUACCCGUAAUCAGACAGUUUUUCUGUGUGUGUCAGCAUCGUGGGUGCGAUGUGUGUCCGUUCUGGGAGAAGGAGUUGCCUGGGACCCUCUGACACACACGGUGCUGUUUCAAUGUCGGCCUCACCAAGUGACUAAGCUAAUUCACAACAGCCAGGAGCCCAGCAGCUUCGGCUGCCUGGUCAGAGACAAACCCAACUGCUCCUGCUAUGUCUUCCAGUGCCAGGACAGCACCAAGGUUCCUGAGAUCAUCAGUACGUUGAGGCAGGCUGGCAAGAGUUCGGCACGCAGCGAUGAGAUCGCCACCGUUUCCAACAAAACUUCCUCCGGAAGCGGCGAUUCUUCUGAAACAUGUGUUUCUUCUCACCCCAUAACGACAACCUCCGCGGCAGCCUCUGCGGCAGCCUGUGCUGCCUUGUCUCCGACUGCCUUUGCCAAGAAGUUCGAGGUGCUGUUUUGCGGCCGCGUGAGUGUUGCUCACAAGAAAGCUCCUCCUGCCCUCAUUGAUGAGUGCAUCGAGAAGUUCAGCCAGUUGCAUGGCUCAGGGACGAGCGACAAAGGAGGAAAUACUGGGGGAUUGGUGGGUGGGCUGAAGAGGGUAUUAAGCUUUCAAGCCAAUGGACUCGGUAGUGGUGACGUUGAUAAUGCUGCUGCAGGGAGCCCAAUCGCCGGGAGACCUCCUGUCCUGUUUAAAAAAGACCCCAGCUUUCCCUGCCUGCAGGCCCUGGAUGAGAAUGGACUCUCACCUGAGAUCUCUCACACCAACACUACUGAUGCACACACCCACUCCGCUGGAGUACAGCCCACCAGCCUGCAGGAGAACAGGACCAUGCUGUUUAUGAUCGGCAGGUCUCAGAUCUACUUGGUUAGUCCGGACACUAAGAAAGUUGCCAUAGAGAAGAGUUUCAGAGAAAUCUCCUUCUGCUCACAGGGUAUUCGUCACGUGGAUCACUUUGGCUUCAUUUGCAGGGAGACAGUGGAAGGAGGAAGCUGCCACUUUGUUUGCUACGUUUUCCAGUGCACCGACGAAUCACUGGUGGAUGAGAUCAUGCUGACUCUGAAGCAGGCGUUCUCUGUGGCCGCCCUGCAGCAGAACGCAAAGACCCAGAGCCAGCAGUGUGACAGCUGCCCCAUGCAGCAGCUCCACAGACUGUGUGAGAGGAUAGAAGGUCAACACCCAUAUAAAACCAAGCUGGAGCUUCAGAAACACUUGGCCACUCUGGACAACGAGGAGCAAGCGUCAGUCUUUGAAAACACUAUGAGGGCUCGUCCUAAGACCAAUCAGGAGGAGAAUGAGUUGGUGAUGGUCUCUUUGAGGAUUCUUUAUGAGGAGAGACAGAGGAACCAUCAGCACACGCUGCCUGGAGACAGCAAACAGGUGAGUGAAAACGCAGCUCCAGCCCCAGCGGAUGCGCAUCAGAGUAGCCAUCGGCAGCGACUUGAGCAGUUCAAGAGCCGAGCCAAGCGUUCUCUCACUGAGUCCCUGGAGGGGAUCUGGAAGGGGAGCAACAAGGGUAAAGCUCAGAGGGACAACAGUUUAGGAAGUGACAGCGGCUCCUCCGUUUGUACGGUCAGCAGCAGUCUGGACCAGCCUUUUCUAGAUGACCCCUUGUCUGCCUCCUCCCAGAUGAGACCCACCAGCCCCCUCAGGUGCCACAACUCAACAGGAGACCUGAAGCACCUUGAAUCCUCUCCCCAUCUGUCUCCCACUGCUUCCUCUUCACCCGGUGACGUUCAGUCUCAGGGCUUUCGCCGACGGGCCAGCACCUUCAGCCACCCUUCCACCCCUUCCUCAGCAGAGUACUCACCGGUGUUCACACGAAAUCGCAUAUCACAGGACCUUACUCCAGCGACCAAGCCCAGGCUCGUACGACACUACUCCGUCAGCACCGACACUCCGAACCAGAGCAAACAUGUCCCAACCGACUCCACCCUUCCUCCUGUUCCUCCCUGCCCUUCAUCUCCCUCUCUUCUCCUCCCUCAUCAUCCUUCCUCACCUUCUACCGGAGCCCGGCUCAAUAAAAGAAGUCCUCUGGGUGGCCUCCGUGCUCGUCUCACCUCCUCCUCCUCUGUCCCUAAUUUUCUGAAAUUUCCAUUUCUGGCACCCGUCCAAGAGAACGAUUGUCCUGAACCAAAGAGCAGGGAUGUAGCUGCUCUGUCUACACCAACUGCAGCAUAUGUGGCCAAUGUGGCCGGGGAAAGCCCUCUGCGCAACCACCGCCACUCGUGGAGGCAGCAGAUCUUCCUACGGGUCGCUACACCUCAGAAGAACACAGACACUAACGAGCGAGGGGAUCCCUGUCUAGAGGGGGGUCGAGUGUGCGUGGGCCAGGUGGGAGUUGGCGGAAGUGGGGACUCGUCCAUAAGGCUGGUGCCUGAGGAGAGGACGAAAAAGAGCAAAGAGGAGCUGAGGGAGCUCUGGAGGAAAGCCAUCAUGCAGCAGAUCCUGCUGCAGAGGAUGGAGAGGGAGAACCAGAAACUGCAGGCCUCAGCAAGCGAUCUGCAGAACAAGCGUCUGAAGCUGGACUACGAGGAAAUCACUCCAUGUCUGAAGGAGGUCACUCUGGUCUGGGAGAAGAUGCUGGGAACUCCUGCGAGGGCAAAGGUCAAGUUUGACUCAGAGACCAUACAUGCUGCUGUUGCACAAGGUGUCCCAAGGCAACAUCGAGGCGAGAUCUGGAAGUUUUUGUCUGAACAAUACCUGCUCAGGCAGACGGUCCCGUCCCGACCCCCGGCUAAUGACACUCCGUACAAAGAGCUGCUGAAACAGCUCACCUCGCAGCAACACGCCAUCCUCAUAGAUCUGGGUCGCACUUUUCCCACUCAUCCAUAUUUCCAAGCACAGCUGGGGGCCGGACAGCUUUCUCUGUAUAAUUUACUGAAAGCCUACUCACUGCUGGACCCUGAGGUGGGCUACUGCCAGGGCCUGUCCUUCAUAGCGGGAGUGCUGCUGUUACACAUGGGGGAACAGGACGCCUUCAACAUGCUCAAAUUUCUCAUGUAUGACGUGGGGCUCCGCAAACAGUACAGGCCUGACAUGAUUAUCCUGCAGAUUCAGAUGUACCAGUUGUCGCGGCUGCUCCACGACUACCACCGGGAUCUUUACAUCCACCUGGAGCAGCAUGAGAUCGGACCCAGCUUAUACGCCACCCCCUGGUUCCUCACCGCCUUCGCCUCACACUUCCCCCUCGGCUUUGUCGCCAGAGUCUUCGAUAUGUUGUUCCUUCAGGGGUCAGAGGUCAUCUUUAAGGUGGGCUUGAGCCUCCUGGGGAGCCACAAGCCUCUGAUCCUGCAGCACGAGAGCCUGGAGUCCAUCGUGGACUUCAUCAAGACCACGCUGCCCAACCUGGGCCUUGUGCAGAUGGAGAAAACCAUCAACCAGGUUUGUCAGAUGGACAUGUCCAAGCAGCUCCAGGCCUACGAGGUGGAGUACCACGUCCUGCAGGAUGAGCUGCUGGACGCGCCUCUGUCCCUCAACCAACAACAGCGAGCCGCACAGCUGGAGAGGAUCAAUCAGAGCCUCCGGCAGCAGAACCUCGACCUGCUUGAGGAGCUGCAGGUGUCUCACGCUCGCGUCUGCAACCUGGAGGGCCGAGUGGAGGUUUUGAGCCAGUCGGAGGGCCAGCUGAGGGAGCACGUUUCUGCGCUGGAGGAGGAGAAGAUGCAGCUAGCGAGCACCGUCACACACCUACAGGACCUCCUCGCCAGCCUCGGCAUACACACCACCCCCGAUGGACACACACUCCCCCCGCCCUCUGAAAGACACACAGCGACGGCAAAGGUGGAAGACAGAGAGGGGUUGGCAAAUAGGACUGUGGACUCUGUUCCCCACCCUUUGGUUCUUCCAGAGUGCUCAUAACUGCACCUAAUAUUUUUUCCAAAUGGUAAGGUCGACCGGAGGAAGAGCCGUUUGUGGACGGCCCUGGAAGAGAAGGUCAAGUGAGACGUUAAGAUGUCUCCUUACCUUGAGCUUUAUCUUCUUCCCAGCUCCAGAAUGUUUUAAUAAAAAGAGUAAAUACAGAGAGGAGAAGAAUGGAAAUAUAACAAAAAGGGGGAUGAGGUUAAAAGAAAAAGAAAAAUAAAGGAUUGCAGCCUUGAGUAUUAUCCCAAAGCGUCCACUUCCCACUCUCUAACAAAUAUAAAUGCACACGUGAUUCGAACAACAAUCCCCAAAGGAAGCACUGCUGUCCCACUGGGCCUCUACUGUAAAAACAGUUACAUUUGCACCUGUACUUGUAUGUAUGUUUGUCUUUAAAUGUCUGUGAGUGUCUUCACUCAUAUGUUUUAUGCUCCUGUGUCGGAUGCAACAAGGCUAAAAUAGCCAAAGAAUGUCCUUUAUUAAUAUAAAACAAGCUCGAACAAACAGGUUAUUGAUCAUACUUUAAGUAAGUAAUACAAAGUUGAAAUCUUUCCAAAGAAAAAGUGCGAUAUAAAGUGAGAGGAAGGGACGGGUGAAGAACUAAGCUUCAUGACAAGGUGUUUUUUCUUUUUCUUUCUCUAUUAUAUAAGUUAGAUCUUGGAUGGCGGUGCUCAUAUUUAGAGGUCAAAGGUGAACUAUAUUUGAUUUCUCCUCUGUAUUUCUGAUCUUCCACGGUUUCCUGAUCCUGUAUGCAUUUUAAACUUUAGUUACAGUAGCUCACAGGAAGAAUAACACAAUAAAUCCAGUCUAUUUCACAUCCUGUAUUUUCACCUUUGAAUACACGUCGAUCUGUCUGUGUAGAAAGGGAAAUAGAUGCAUCAUUAAAAAAGUAGCUGUGCCUUUCUAAUGAGGGGAAGGACAGACUUGUUCAGAUCAAUUGAUUUAAAUUACUUCAAAACACACUUCUAUCUGAAACUUUCAAACAGGAAACCUCUGCUGUUGAGACAAUCUGUCAGCUAUGAGUCAUUUACUGUAUUCAACACACUGAAUUCAUUCAACCCCAGAUGCAGCUUGCUGUGUUUGUAUAAAUGUGUGCUUGUGCACUCCACUGAUGGCAACAAAUCUGUUGAUUUACACUGUAAAAAAUAUCUAGCUUUUACUCCUGACUCUCCUUGCACAUGUGUUUUAAUUGAUUAUUGCUAUUAUUGUUAUCCUGUACUUUAAAAUACAUUUCAUAUCCUUUCACACUUCUCUGUGCGUGUGUGUGUGUGUGUGUGUGUGUGUGUGUGUGUGUGUUUACCUGCAUACAGUUUGGACUCACGUGUGUCAGGUGUCACCCUGUUAAAGAUGCUGUCGGUUGUUACCACCGCCUGUCUAAACACGCCAGUCACUUUGAAUGCUACGGGCUUGAUAUAAGGUUUCAAGCAUAUGGGAGUAUACCGUACAUAGUAUUUAAAACACAGACGUGCAUUUAUUUCCGGGAACUCCUCCUGAAGUUGAGGAAAAAAGGCAUGUUGGGGCAAGUUGUGACUCUUUUAGUAUGCAUGUAUGUGUGUGUGUACACAACAGAAAAAACAACUACAGCAGAACCUUAGCCCAAAAAAAAUAUGAAAAUACACAAUGGAACAGAAUUUGGCCUUAUAUUAAUCAUCAUUUUAACUUUUAGAAAAUGAAAACAGCAGGUUUGUGCAUCAUAAACUUCAAGCACAUUAAAAAUAUGCUAAUCAUUUGCUAUGUAUAUGU